AAGAUGGUCAUGGGUGACGUGCGGGGGAAUUAAGCAUUCCAGUAACUUAAUGAGUCCGGAGGAGUACAUACGGACUGACUUCAUUGCACUAUUCCAAGUUGCUGGGAACAUUCCUAUCACUGCACUAUUUCACCAUCACCACUUCCACUUCCUCUCCCUCUUCCACCUCCACCUCUAUUUCCUGUUUCACUCACUCUAUUCAUCCCAUCAUCCCCAUUUAUACACUCCCUCCUUCCUUCCUCUCACCUUCCUUCUUUCCUCGCGGGUUACCCUGGUCGCAUUCGCUACGCUCCUCUUCUUCUCAGCUCUAGUCACCACUCUACCUGACCUGCGAUGACAACCUUUGAAUAGAAGCUCUCCUCUCAACUCCUAUAACUCCCAUCCAUCCAUCAAUAUGCGUCAAGCCUCUGUGGAUGCCAACGCCGAUGAGGCGUUGGCUCGCAUGGGGUACAAGAGCGAAUUGCCGCGCAACUUGAGCAUGCUCAGUAUUCUAGGCCUGUCCUUUGCAAUCAUGGCCGCGCCCUUCGGUCUCAGUACCACCCUCUACAUCACCCUCGCCGAUGGCCAGUCGGUGACCAUCAUCUGGGGCUGGGUCCUCGUCACAUUCAUCUCCAUCGCCAUCGCCGCAUCGCUUGCUGAGAUCUGCGCCGUCUACCCUACCGCCGGAGGUGUAUACUACUGGAGUGCCAUGCUGCCGACCCGACGCUGGGCCCCGAUGCUGUCCUUUAUCGACGGCUGGCUGACGCUGGUUGGCAACUGGACCGUCACCCUCAGCAUCACCUUUUCUGGUGGUCAGCUGAUCCUGAGCGCCAUCUCCCUGUGGAAUGAAGACUUUGUGGCCAACGCGUGGCAGACGAUCCUCACCUUCUGGGCGGUCAUUCUCGUCUGCGCGCUGGUCAAUAUCUUCUUCUCCAAGUACCUGGACUUGAUCAACAAGGUGUGCAUCUAUUGGACCGCGGCUAGCGUGAUCAUCAUAUUGGUUACACUCUUGACGAUGGCGGAUCAGCGUCGGGAUGCCGAGUUUGUGUUUGCGCACUACGACUCUUCGCAGAGUGGCUGGCCGUCCGGCUGGGCUUUCUUCGUGGGACUCUUGCAAGCCGCGUAUACGCUGACCGGGUACGGCAUGGUGGCCUCAAUGUGCGAGGAGGUGCAAAACCCGCACCGCGAGGUGCCCAAGGCCAUUGUCCUGUCGGUGGCGGCGGCCGGUGUCACGGGCCUGGUGUAUCUGAUUCCGAUCCUGUUCGUCCUCCCCUCGGUGCAGUCGCUCCUCGACGUCGCCAGCGGACAACCGAUCGGGCUGAUCUUCAAGACGGCCACGGGCUCCGCCGGUGGCGGCUUCGGUCUGCUGUUCCUGAUCCUGGGGAUCUUGAUGUUCGCCGGCAUUGGCGCCCUGACGGCCGCCAGCCGCUGCACGUACGCCUUUGCCCGCGACGGGGCGAUCCCCGGCUUCCGACUCUGGCGCCGGGUCAACGCGCGUCUGGACGUGCCCGUGUGGGCGAUCGUCUUGUCGACCGCGGUGGACUGUCUCCUGGGGCUGAUCUAUUUUGGCUCCAGCGCGGCGUUCAACUCGUUCACGGGCGUCGCCACGAUCUGCCUGUCCACGUCCUACGGGCUGCCGAUCCUGAUCCUCAUGUGCCGGGGUCGUCGCGCGGUGCGCGAGUCGAGCUUCUCGCUGGGUCGGUUCGGGUACGCGAUCAACGGACUGGCCGUGUGCUGGAUCGUGCUGGCGGUGGUGCUAUUCUGCAUGCCCGUGUCGCUGCCGGUCGACGCCAGCAGCAUGAACUACGCCAGUGUGGUGUUUGCCGGGUUCGCGGCCAUCAGUAUCGGCUGGUACGUGGUGUAUGCCCGCAAGCAUUUCACGGGCCCGCCGGUGGCGGAGGAAGUGGAUGGGAUGCCUGGGGUGAUGACGGGAAAACCGGUGGAUCCGGAGAAUGUCCUGUCAGAGGGGGAGAAAGGGCGGAGGAGUAGCUCAGCGAAGAAUUGAUCCGGCUGGCCUUUCUUGGUAGUCGUCUUCUG